UAUGUAUUUUGUUGAGCAUGGAAACUUAUAGCAAGUUGUGUGUAUAUUGUGUGUAUAUAUAGUGCUAACUUAGAGCCUAAUAAACACACACAAAAAAAUGGAAGAGAAACAAAGAGAGUUGACAUGGGAAGAGGAAGAGGAAGGGGCCACGGCGGAGAUGUGGAAAUAUGUGUUCGGGUUUACUGAAAUCGCGGUGGUAAGGUGUGCCAUUGACCUCGGAAUAGCUGAAGCAAUUGAAAACCAUGGAAGCCCCAUGACACUCUUAGAGCUCUCAACUGCUCUAAGUUGUGAUCCUUCUCACCUUUACCGAAUCAUGAGGGUACUAGUCCACCGCAAAAUAUUCAAAGAAAAACCCACCCAAUCAGGCUCCAAUGGUUAUGCACAAACACCUUUGUCUCGCCGGCUACUAAAAUCGGCAGAAAAUAGCAUGGUGGAUUUGCUCUUGAUGGGUAGUAAUCCGGUAAUGAUGGCACCAUAUCUACGCCUGAGUACCCAAGUUCAAAGAAACACUAGCGAUGCAGUGUUUGAUGAAGUACAUGGCAGUGACCUAUGGAACUACGGUGCGGAAAACCCUGAUCACGGCAAGGCUUUCAAUGAUUCAAUGGCCUGUGAUGCAAGGUUAGCUGUGCCUGCAGCGCUUGAAAGUUGUCCAGAGGCGUUCAAAGGGAUUGAGACAAUAGUAGAUGCUGGUGGGGGUAAUGGGACCACGACGCGCUUGUUGGUUAAGGCCUGUCCUUGGAUUACUAAAGGCAUUAUCUUUGAUCUUCCUCAUGUUGUGUCUACUAUUCCAGAGUGCGAUCGCAUUGAGAAAGUUGGAGGUGACUUUUUCAAAUGUAUUCCAAAGGCUGAUGCUGUAGUUAUGAUGUGGAUUCUUCAUGACUGGACUGACGAGGAGUGCAUCCGUAUCCUUAAGAACUGCCGUGAAGCUAUUCCUAAUGACAAAGGGAAGGUGAUAAUCAUAGAUGCUGUAGUUGAAGACAAUGAGAAAGAUUACAGCAAGCUAACACGAGUGAAAUUGAUGCUAGACAUUGCGAUGAUGAACGGUACCAAAGGCAAAGAAAGGACUGCCAAGGAAUGGGAGUAUGUUAUCAGGGAGGCUGGUUUUAGUCGGCACACUAUAACACCUACUCGCACUGUCCAAUCCGUUAUUCAAGUAUUUCCUUAAAUUUGGAGAAUAAAAUGUUAAGGAUGUGGAUUUGUAUUCAUAAAUAAGUGUUCCUUUCUAUUUUCCA